AAAGGGGCGGCGGGGCGCAAGGGCGCACGCGCGGGACGGCCGACCGGCGGGCUACGAGCCCGCUGUGCGCGUGCGCGCUCGGCCGGCGGCGAUGGCGAGCCCGGUCGGCCGCGGUUUUCCCCCGCCGGCGCUGGUGCCCCGGGGGCGGCUGUCGGCCUGGCUGGAGUGCGUCUGCGCGGUGACCUUCGACCUGGAGCUGGGACAGGCCCUGGAGCGCAUCUACCCGCCGGAGGGCAGCCUGACCGAGAAGGAGAGGACGAGCGUCUGCUACCUGGCCUUCCCGGACUCCUACUCCGGGAGUCUCGGGGACACCCAGUUCAGCUUCCGCUUCCGCCGGUCGGCGGGCCGAAGAGGGGCGGCGGAGGGCGAGCGGCGAUGCAGCCGGGAAGCCCCGCCGGGCCUGCAGGUGGGUCGGGGGUCGUCUCGUCCGGGGGGCUCCGCCUGCGCCUCCUGGCCUCCCCCCGUCCCCUGCGGGCUGGAGGUGAGGGGGCUGCCCUGCUUCUCCCCAGCCGGAGCCGGCGCACCUCUUCGGCUAUGUCUUCUUCCGGCAAGUCCGGGACCGCUCCGUGCAGAGGGGCUACUUCCAGAAGUGUGCAGCGAGAUUGAUCAGUGGCCGCCCCCCGUGCCUGGCCAAACACUGAACCUCCCGGUGAUGGGGGUCGUUAUUCAGGUGAGGAUUCCUUCCCGGGGGGACAAGCCUGGCUCCUGCCCUCCUGCCAAGCCGCUGAUUCGGGAGAGUCUCCUGCCAGCUCCCCUCGUCCUCCCCAGUGUUGCUGAAUUGGACCUCUUCAGGUGCUUCCAGUCGGUGCUGGUCCACAUUCAGCUGCUGUGGGAGCUCGUCCUGCUCGGGGAGCCCCUGGUGGUUGUGGCCCCUUCCCCCGCUGUGUCCUCCGAGGUGGUCCUUGCCCUAGUCAGCUGCCUUGCGCCCUUGAAGUACUGCUGCGACUUCCGCCCAUACUUCACCAUUCACGACAGCGAGUUCAAAGAGUACACGACGCGGACGCAGGGCCCCCCCAGCGUGCUCCUGGGCGUCACGAACCCCUUCUUUAUCAAGAUGCUGCAGCACUGGCCCCACAUCCUUCGCCUCGGGGAGCUCUGGAUGGCCGGGGACUUGCCCAAGCAGGUCAAAUUGAAGAAACUUGCCAAGCUGAAAACCUUAGACACCAAGCCAGGACUUUACACCUCAUACAGAACAUUUUUGCACAAGGACAAGACUCUGAUCAAGAGACUCCUAAAGGGCAUCCAGAAGAAGCGCCCGUCUGAGGCCCAGAGUGCCCUGCUGAGACGACAGCUUUUGGAGCUCACCCAGAGCUUCAUAAUCCCCCUGGAGCACUACAUGGCCAGCCUGAUGCCUCUGCAGAGGACCAUCACCCCGUGGAAGACUCCCCCUCGGAUCCGCCCUUUCCAUCAGGAAGACUUCCUGAAGAGCUUGGAACACACCGGGCCCCAGCUCACCUGUGUGCUCAAGGGUGACUGGCUGGGCCUUUACAGGCGAUUCUUCAAGUCGCCCAACUUCAAGGGCUGGUUCCGCCAGAGGCACCGAGAGAUGAGGCACAAGCUGGAGGCUCUGCACCUGGAGGCCAUCGCUGAAGCGAAUGUCAGGGCCUGGAUGGUGGACAAGUCCGAGGCAGAGGCGGUGGACCUGGUGCUGAAGCUCCGUGAGAAGCUGGUCCAAGCCAGGAGCCGAGGCCUCCCGGCCAGAGAGGAGACACUGCAGCGAGUGUGUCAGCACAUUACCGUUGUGGUCCGGUCGCUGCCUGAGGACCUCCAGGCCGUUCUGUGUCACCAGGAAAUGGCCGCUGCCAGCUGAAGGGAGCAGCUCAGUGGGGGCCAGUUCAGGGGGCAGGGGGCUUUCCCUCUGAGCUCCCUUUCUGCCACGGGGGCAGCGGUCCUGGGAGGCGAAUGGAGAAGGUGCCAAGCCUGGUGUGGGAUGUACAAGGGUGGUGUGUUCGCAAGAGAGCCUAAUAAAAGCCGAAUUAACAGAA